GAUACCUCUCUUUGGUUAAAGUAACAUGGUUUCACACUGUAGGCAAUGUGAAUGUAAACAAGCGACCCAGUUCUUUGCAGACAAACAUCGUCUUAUUAGCUAAAACACAGCAGCCGUUUUAUCAAAGUAAGAUGGCUCUCAGAGUGUGUGGUCGCUUUUUCAGAGACUCGGCUGUCCUCUCCAGGCGGCUCGCCGUGUCUACUCGACAGGAAAGUGCGUCAUGGUUUCUGACAGCGGGAAAUGCUGCCCGCAGCCGUGGAGGGGGGAAUGGAUUUAUCUUCACUCCUGCUUGUUUUAUUACAUCAGAGGCAUUUCUCAGCAGACUGAUGAAAGGCAAAGCAGCAGAGGCAGACGGCAACAUUUAUCGCCUUCCAGCCUCAGUUCCGCCAGACAGCGGUGAACAGUUGUCUCUGUUACUGAAACAUCCAGAUCAACCUGAAAACUCAAAGGUUUUGAAAGUGGCAAUAAUAGGUGCCCCAAAUGCUGGGAAAUCCACAUUGUCCAAUCAGCUCCUUGGCAGAAAGGUGUUUGCCGUGUCCAAGAAAGUACACACUACACGGUCACGUGCACUGGGUGUCCUAACAGAGGAAUACACACAGAUAAUCUUGCUUGAUACUCCUGGUCUCACUACUCCAUCAAAGGUCAAAAGACACCAGCUGGAGAAGUCUUUGCUUGUGGAUCCCUGGAACACGGUCAAAGAAGCUGACCUAAUGGUAGUCAUGGUGGAUGUGGCAGACAAAUGGAUGUCCAGCAGGCUUGACUUUGAGGUGCUGAAAUGCCUGGCCCAGCACCCAGAUAUUCCAGCAGUCCUAGUCCUGAAUAAGGUGGACCUCGUGAAGGCUAAAGAUAGACUGCUGGAUAUCACGGCUCAGUUGACGUGUGGAGUGGUGAAUGGACGCAAAAUGCGGAUCAGGCCAGUGAUCAAGCCCCCGUGGGCAGAGAAAAGGUCAGAAAGGGCUUCAGAGGACGAGGAAAACGCAGCACCCGAGGAUGGGAGUGAGCCGACCUCUGCGCUGAGCAAAGAACAGCUGAAGACACUGAGAAACCAGCAGGGCUGGCCUCAUUUCAAGGACGUGUUCAUGCUGUCGUCAGUGGACAGAGAGGACGUGGACACUCUGAAGAGCUACUUCAUGGUUGCUGCCAAGCCAGGAUCAUGGCAAUAUCACAGUGAAGUCCUGACUGACCAAAGUCCAGAGGAGGUCUGCACUAACAUCAUCAGAGAGAAGCUUCUGGAGUAUCUGCCCCAGGAAGUGCCCUAUUCAAUGACACAGUCUGUUGAACUCUGGCAAGAUGGAGAAGAUGGAGAGCUUGAUAUUUCUGUGAAACUUUACACAAAGAAAGAAACCCACAUGAGGAUGGUGAUCGGCACAGCUGGACAGAUGGUAGCACGGAUCGCACGAGAAGCGAGCGAGGACCUGAGCAGAGUGUACCUGAGGGAAGUCAGGUUGAAGCUCUCAGUUAAGCUGAAAAAGUGAAAAUGGAUGAAGGACUUGCAAUAGGAAGAGAAAAGGACAGACCUCUCAUCAUGAGUUUGAUAUGGAGCUGUGACUUAACAUAUAAAAUAUUCUAGACCCAGAACUCCUUUGACCUGACACCUCUCUGAAGAAGAGGAAUUGUACUAUAAAUUGUGACUUUUGCAGCCUCCUUUCAUCUCGUGCAUUAUUAAAGCUUUUACAUAGAGAUGUUACAGAAUGCGGUUCACAGAGUGAUGUUGAAGUGCAAAGAGCCCCUUAGUUUUUCUGCAAAAAAAGUGUUGAUUAAAUGCAGCUUACACAAGCCACAGAACCCCC